AUGCUGUUGCAGUGGAGUCUCAUCAGAAAAUCAGAAACAGCUGCGCAGAAGCGGCUGCGCAGGAACAGCUGCGCAGAAGCGGCUGCGCAGAAGCGGCUGCGCAGAAGCGGCUGCGCAGAAGCGGCUGCGCAGAAGCGGCUGCGCAGAAGCGGCUGCGCAGAAGCGGCUGCGCAGAAGCGGCUGCGCAGAAGCGGCUGCGCAGAAGCGGCUGCGCAGAAGCGGCUGCGCAGAAGCGGCUGCGCAGAAACGGCUGCGCAGAAACGGCUGCGCAGAAACGGCUGCGCAGAAGCGGCUGCGCAGAAGCGGCUGCGCAGAAGCGGCUGCGCAGAAGCGGCUGCGCAGAAGCGGCUGCGCAGAAGCGGCUGCGCAGAAGCGGCUGCGCAGAAGCGGCUGCGCAGAAGCGGCUGCGCAGAAGCGGCUGCGCAGAAGCGGCUGCGCAGAAGCGGCUGCGCAGAAGCGGCUGCGCAGAAGCGGCUGCGCAGAAACGGCUGCGCAGAAACGGCUGCGCAGGAACGGCUGCGCAGGAACAGCUGCGCAGAAACAGCUGCGCAGGAACAGCUGCGCAGGAACAGCUGCGCAGGAACAGCUGCGCAGGAACAGUUGCGCAGGAACAGCUGCGCAGGAACAGCUGCGCAGGAACAGCUGCGCAGGAACAGCUGCGCAGGAACAGCUGCGCAGGAACAGCUGCGCAGGUACAGCUGCGCAGGAACAGCUGCGCAGAAACAGCUGCGCAGGAACAGCUGCGCAGGAACAGCUGCGCAGGAACAGCUGCGCAGGAACAGCUGCGCAGAAACAGCUGCGCAGAAACAGCUGCGCAGGAACAGCUGCGCAGGAACAGCUGCGCAGGAACAGCUGCGCAGAAACUGCUGCGCAGAAACUGCUGCGCAGAAACUGCUGCGCAGAAACAGCUGCGCAGGAACAGCUGCGCAGGAACAGCUGCGCAGGAACAGCUGCGCAGGAACAGCUGCGCAGGAACAGCUGCGCAGGAACAGCUGCGCAGGAACAGCUGCGCAGAAACAGCUGCGCAGGAACAGCUGCGCAGAAACAGCUGCGCAGGAACAGCUGCGCAGAAACAACUGCGCAGAAACAACUGUUCAGAAACAGCUGCGCAGGAACAGCUGCGCAGAAACAGCUGCGCAGAAACAGCUGCGCAGAAACAGCUUCGCAGAAACAGCUGCGCAGAAACAGCUGCGCAGAAACAGCUGCGCAGAAACAGCUGCGCAGGAACAGCUGCGCAGAAACAGCUGCGCAGAAACAGCUGCGCAGAAACAGCUGCGCAGAAACAGCUGCGCAGAAACAGCUGCGCAGAAACAGCUGCGCAGAAACAGCUGCGCAGAAACAGCUGCGCAGAAACAGCUGCGCAGAAACAGCUGCGCAGAAACAGCUGCGCAGAAACAGCUGCGCAGGAACAGCUGCGCAGGAACAGCUGCGCAGGAACAGCUGCGCAGAAACUGCUGCGCAGAAACUGCUGCGCAGAAACUGCUGCGCAGAAACUGCUGCGCAGAAACAGCUGCGCAGGAACAGCUGCGCAGGAACAGCUGCGCAGGAACAGCUGCGCAGGAACAGCUGCGCAGGAACAGCUGCGCAGGAACAGCUGCGCAGGAACAGCUGCGCAGAAACAGCUGCGCAGGAACAGCUGCGCAGAAACAGCUGCGCAGGAACAGCUGCGCAGAAACAACUGCGCAGAAACAACUGUUCAGAAACAGCUGCGCAGGAACAGCUGCGCAGAAACAGCUGCGCAGAAACAGCUGCGCAGAAACAGCUUCGCAGAAACAGCUGCGCAGAAACAGCUGCGCAGAAACAGCUGCGCAGAAACAGCUGCGCAGGAACAGCUGCGCAGAAACAGCUGCGCAGAAACAGCUGCGCAGAAACAGCUGCGCAGAAACAGCUGCGCAGAAACAGCUGCGCAGAAACAGCUGCGCAGAAACAGCUGCGCAGAAACAGCUGCGCAGAAACAGCUGCGCAGAAACAGCUGCGCAGAAACAGCUGCGCAGAAACAGCUGCGCAGAAACAGCUGCGCAGAAACAGCUGCGCAGGAGCAGCUGCGCAGGAACAGCUGCGCAGGAACAGCUGCGCAGGAACAGCUGCGCAGGAACAGCUGCACAGGAACAGGUGCGCAGGAACAGGUGCGCAGGAACAGGUGCGGAGGAACAGGUGCGCAGGAACAGCUGCGCAGGAACAGGUGCGCAGGAGCAGGUGCGCAGGAACAGCUGCGCAGGAACAGCUGCGCAGGAACAGCUGCGCAGGAACAGCUGCGCAGGAACAGCUGCGCAGGAACAGCUGCGCAGGAACAGCUGCGCAGGAACAGGUGCGCAGGAACAGCUGCGCAGGAACAGCUGCGCAGAAACAGCUGCGCAGAAACAGCUGCGCAGGAACAGCUGCGCAGAAACAGCUGCGCAGAAACAGCUGCGCAGAAACAGCUUCGCAGAAACAGCUGCGCAGAAACAGCUGCGCAGAAACAGCUGCGCAGAAACAGCUGCGCAGGAACAGCUGCGCAGAAACAGCUGCGCAGAAACAGCUGCGCAGAAACAGCUGCGCAGAAACAGCUGCGCAGAAACAGCUGCGCAGAAACAGCUGCGCAGAAACAGCUGCGCAGAAACAGCUGCGCAGAAACAGCUGCGCAGAAACAGCUGCGCAGAAACAGCUGCGCAGAAACAGCUGCGCAGAAACAGCUGCGCAGAAACAGCUGCGCAGAAACAGCUGCGCAGGAGCAGCUGCGCAGGAACAGCUGCACAGGAACAGCUGCACAGGAACAGCUGCGCAGGAACAGCUGCGCAGGAACAGGUGCGCAGGAACAGGUGCGCAGGAACAGGUGCGGAGGAACAGGUGCGCAGGAACAGCUGCGCAGGAACAGGUGCGCAGGAGCAGGUGCGCAGGAACAGCUGCGCAGGAACAGCUGCGCAGGAACAGCUGCGCAGGAACAGCUGCGCAGGAACAGCUGCGCAGGAACAGCUGCGCAGGAACAGCUGCGCAGGAACAGGUGCGCAGGAACAGCUGCGCAGGAACAGCUGCGCAGAAACAGCUGCGCAGAAACAGCUGCGCAGAAACAGCUGCGCAGAAACAGCUGCGCAGAAACAGCUGCGCAGAAACAGCUGCGCAGAAACAGCUCCGCAGAAACAGCUGCGCAGAGACAGCUGCGCAGAGACAGCUGCGCAGAUACAGCUGCGCAGAAACAGCUGCGCAGAAACAGCUGCGCAGAAACAGCUGCGCAGAAACAGUUGCGCAGAAACAGCUGCGCAGAAACAGCUGCGCAGAAACAGCUGCGCAGAAACAGCUGCGCAGAAACAGAUGCGAAGAAACAGCUGCGCAGAAACAGCUGCGCAGAAACAGCUGCGCAGAAACAGCGGCGCAGAAACAGCGGCGCAGAAACAGCUGCGCAGGAACAGCUGCGCAGAAACAGCUGCGCAGAAACAGCUGCGCAGGAACAGCUGCGCAGGAACAGCUGCGCAGAAACAGCUGCGCAGAAACAGCUGCGCAGAAACAGCUGCGCAGAAACAGCUGCGCAGGAACAGCUGCGCAGGAACAGCUGCGCAGAAACAGCUGCGCAGAAACAGCUGCACAGAAACAGCUGCGCAGAAACAGCUGCGCAGGAACAGCUACGCAGAAACAGCUGCGCAGAAACAGCCGCGCAGAAACAGCUGCGCAGAAACAGCUGCGCAGAAACAGCUGCGCAGAAACAGCUGCGCAGAGACAGCUGCGCAGAAACAGCUGCGCAGAGACAGCUGCGCAGAAACAGCUGCGCAGAAACAGCUGCGCAGAAACAGCUGCGCAGAAACAGCUGCGCAGAAACAGCUGCGCAGAAACAGCUGCGCAGAAACAGCUGCGCAGAAACAGCUGCGCAGAAACAGCGGCGCAGAAACAGCGGCGCAGAAACAGCGUGAAGUCUCAUCAGAAAAUCAGAAACAGCUGCGCGGAGACGGCUGCGCAGAAGCGGCUGCGCGGAAGCGGCUGCGCGGAAACGGCUGCGCGGAAACGGCUGCGCGGAAACGGCUGCGCGAGAACAGCUGCGCGAGAACAGGUGCGCGGGAACAGGUGCGCGGGAACAGCUGCGCAGGAACAGCUGCGCAGGAACAGCUGCGCAGGAACAGCUGCGCAGGAACAGGUGCGCAGGAACAGGUGCGCAAAAACAGGUGCGCAAAAACAGGUGCGCAGGAACAGGUGCGCAGGAACAGCUGCGCAGGAACAGCUGCGCAGGAACAGCUGCGCAGGAACAGCUGCGCAGGAACAGCUGCGCAGAAACAGCUGCGCAGGAACAGCUGCGCAGAAACAGCUGCGCAGAAACAGCUUCGCAGAAACAGCUGCGCAGAAACAGCAGCGCAGGAACGGCUGCGCAGAAACGGCUGCGCAGAAACGGCUGCGCAGAAACGGCUGCGCAGAAACGGCUGCGCAGAAACGGCUGCGCAGAAACGGCUGCGCAGAAACGGCUGCGCAGAAACGGCUGCGCAGAAACGGCUGCGCAGAAACGGCUGCGCAGAAACGGCUGCGCAGAAACGGCUGCGCAGAAACAGCUGCGCAGAAACAGCUGCGCAGAAACAGCUGCGCAGAAACAGCUGCGCAGAAGCAGCUGCGCAGAAGCAGCUGCGCAGAAGCAGCUGCGCAGAAGCAGCUGCGCAGAAGCAGCUGCGCAGAAACAGCUGCGCAGAGACAGCUGCGCAGAAACAGCUGCGCAGGAACAGCUGCGCAGGAACAGCUGCGCAGGAACAGCUGCGCAGGAACAGCUGCGCAGGAACAGCUGCGCAGGAACAGCUGAACAGGAACAGCUGCGCAGGAACAGCUGCGCAGGAACAGCUGCGCAGAAACAGCUGCGCAGGAACAGCUGCGCAGGAACAGCUGCGCAGGAACAGCUGCGCAGAAACAGCUGCGCAGAAACAGCUUCGCAGAAACAGCUGCGCAGAAACAGCUGCGCAGGAACAGCUGCGCAGGAACAGCUGCGCAGGAACAGCUGCGCAGGAACAGCUGCGCAGGAACAGCUGCGCAGGUACAGCUGCGCAGGAACAGCUGCGCAGGAACAGCUGCGCAGGAACAGCUGCGCAGGUACAGCUGCGCAGGAACAGUUGCGCAGGAGCAGCUGCGCAGGAACAGCUGCGCAGGAACAGCUGCGCAGAAACAGCUGCGCAGGAACAGCUGCGCAGAAACAGCUGCGCAGAAACAGCUGCGCAGGAACAGCUGCGCAGGAACAGCUGUGCAGGAACAGCUGCGCAGGAACAGCUGCGCAGGAACAGCUGCGCAGAAACAGCUGCGCAGAAACAGCUGCGCAGGAACAGCUGCGCAGGAACAGCUGCGCAGGAACAGCUGCGCAGGAACAGCUGCGCAGAAACUGCUGCGCAGAAACUGCUGCGCAGAAACAGCUGCGCAAUAACAGCUGCGCAGGAACAGCUGCGCAGGAACAGCUGCGCAGGAACAGCUGCGCAGGAACAGCUGCGCAGGAACAGCUGCGCAGGAACAGCUGCGCAGGAACAGCUGCGCAGGAACAGCUGCGCAGAAACAGCUGCGCAGGAACAGCUGCGCAGAAACAGCUGCGCAGGAACAGCUGCACAGAAACAACUGCACAGAAACAACUGCGCAGAAACAGCUGCGCAGGAACAGCUGCGCAGAAACAGCUGCGCAGAAACAGCUGCGCAGAAACAGCUUCGCAGAAACAGCUGCGCAGAAACAGCUGCGCAGAAACAGCUGCGCAGGAACAGCUGCGCAGGAACAGCUGCGCAGAAACAGCUGCGCAGAAACAGCUGCGCAGGAACAGCUGCGCAGAAACAGCUGCGCAGAAACAGCUGCGCAGGAACAGCUGCGCAGAAACAGCUGCGCAGAAACAGCUGCGCAGAAACAGCUGCGCAGAAACAGCUGCGCAGAAACAGCUGCGCAGAAACAGCUGCGCAGGAACAGCUGCGCAGGAACAGCUGCGCAGAAACAGCUGCGCAGGAGCAGCUGCGCAGGAACGGCUGCGCAGGAACAGCUGCGCAGGAACAGCUGCGCAGGAACAGCUGCGCAGGAACAGGUGCGCAGGAACAGGUGCGCAGGAACAGGUGCGGAGGAACAGGUGCGCAGGAACAGCUGCGCAGGAACAGGUGCGCAGGAGCAGGUGCGCAGGAACAGCUGCGCAGGAACAGCUGCGCAGGAACAGCUGCGCAGGAACAGGUGCGCAGGAACAGGUGCGCAGGAACAGGUGCGCAGGAACAGCUGCGCAGAAACAGCUGCGCAGAAACAGCUGCGCAGAAACAGCUGCGCAGAAACAGCUGCGCAGAAACAGCUGCCCAGAAACAGCUGCGCAGAAACAGCUGCGCAGAAACAGCUGCGCAGAAACAGCUCCGCAGAGACAGCUGCGCAGAGACAGCUGCGCAGAGACAGCUGCGCAGAGACAUCUGCGCAGUUACAGCUGCGCAGAAACAGCUGCGCAGAAACAGCUGCGCAGAAACAGCUGCGCAGAAACAGCUGCGCAGAAACAGCUGCGCAGAAACAGCUGCGCAGAAACAGCUGCGCAGAAACAGCUGCGCAGAAACAGCUGCGCAGAAACAGCUGCGCAGAAACAGAUGCGAAGAAACAGCUGCGCAGAAACAGCUGCGCAGAAACAGCGGUGCAGAAACAGCGGCGCAGAAACAGCUGCGCAGGAACAGCUGCGCAGGAACAGCUGCGCAGAAACAGCUGCGCAGAAACAGCUGCGCAGGAACAGCUGCGCAGAAACAGCUGCGCAGAAACAGCUGCGCAGAAACAGCUGCGCAGGAACAGCUGCGCAGGAACAGCUGCGCAGAAACAGCUGCGCAGAAACAGCUGCGCAGAAACAGCUGCGCAGAAACAGCUUCGCAGAAACAGCUGCGCAGGAACAGCUACGCAGAAACAGCUGCGCAGAAACAGCUGCGCAGAAACAGCUGCGCAGAAACAGCUGCGCAGAAACAGCUGCGCAGAAACAGCUGCGAAGAAACAGCUGCGCAGAGACAGCUGCGCAGAGACAGCUGCGCAGAAACAGCUGCGAAGAAACAGCUGCGCAGAAACAGCUGCGCAGAAACAGCUGCGCAGAAACAGCUGCGCAGAAACAGCUGCGCAGAAACAGCUGCGCAGAAACAGCUGCGCAGAAACAGCUGCGCAGAAACAGCGGCGCAGAAACAGCGAAGCGGCUGCGCGGAAGCGGCUGCGCGGAAACGGCUGCGCGGAAACGGCUGCGCGGAAACGGCUGCGCGAGAACAGCUGCGCGAGAACAGGUGCGCGGGAACAGCUGCGCGGGAACAGCUGCGCAGGAACAGCUGCGCAGGAACAGCUGCGCAGGAACAGGUGCGCAAAAACAGGUGCGCAGGAACAGCUGCGCAGGAACAGCUGCGCAGGAACAGCUGCGCAGGAACAGCUGCGCAGAAACAGCUGCGCAGAAGCAGCUGCGCAGAAGCAGCUGCGCAGAAGCAGCUGCGCAGAAACAGCUGCGCAGAAACAGCUGCGCAGAUACAGCUGCGCAGAUACAGCUGCGCUGAAACAGCUGCGCAGAAACAGCUGCGCAGGAACAGCUGCGCAGAAACAGCUGCGCAGGAACAGCUGCGCAGGAACAGCUGCGCAGGAACAGCUGCGCAGGAACAGCUGCGCAGGAACAGCUGCGCAGGAACAGCUGCGCAGAAACAGCUGCGCAGGAACAGCUGCACAGGAACAGCUGCGCAGGAACAGCUGCGCAGGAACAGCUGCGCAGGAACAGCUGCGCAGGAACAGCUGCGCAGAAACAGCUGCGCAGAAACAGCUGCGCAGAAACAGCUGCGCAGAAACAGCUGCGCAGAAACAGCUGCGCAGGAACAGCUGCGCAGGAACAGCUGCGCAGGAACAGCUGCGCAGGAACAGCUGCGCAGGAACAGCUGCGCAGGUACAGCUGCGCAGGAACAGCUGCGCAGGAACAGCUGCGCAGGAACAGCUGCGCAGGAACAGCUGCGCAGGAACAGUUGCGCAGGAGCAGCUGCGCAGGAACAGCUGCGCAGGAACAGCUGCGCAGAAACAGCUGUGCAGGAACAGCUGCGCAGAAACAGCUGCGCAGAAACAGCUGCGCAGGAACAGCUGCGCAGGAACAGCUGCGCAGGAACAGCUGCGCAGGAACAGCUGCGCAGAAACAGCUGCGCAGAAACAGCUGCGCAGAAACAGCUGCGCAGGAACAGCUGCGCAGGAACAGCUGCGCAGGAACAGCUGCGCAGGAACAGCUGCGCAGAAACUGCUGCGCAGAAACUGCUGCGCAGAAACAGCUGCGCAGAAACAGCUGCGCAGGAACAGCUGCGCAGAAACAGCUGCGCAGAAACAGCUGCGCAGAAACAGCUUCGCAGAAACAGCUGCGCAGAAACAGCUGCGCAGAAACAGCUGCGCAGGAACAGCUGCGCAGAAACAGCUGCGCAGAAACAGCUGCGCAGGAACAGCUGCGCAGGAACAGCUGCGCAGAAACAGCUGCGCAGGAACAGCUGCGCAGAAACAGCUGCGCAGGAACAGCUGCGCAGGAACAGCUGCGCAGGAACAGCUGCGCAGGAACAGCUGCGCAGGAACAGCUGCGCAGGAACAGCUGCGCAGAAACAGCUGCGCAGAAACAGCUGCGCAGAAACAGCUGCGCAGAAACAGCUGCGCAGGAACAGCUGCGCAGGAACAGCUGCGCAGGAACAGCUGCGCAGGAACAGCUGCGCAGGAACAGCUGCGCAGGAACAGCUGCGCAGGUACAGCUGCGCAGGAACAGCUGCGCAGGAACAGCUGCGCAGGAACAGCUGCGCAGGAACAGCUGCGCAGGUACAGCUGCGCAGGAACAGUUGCGCAGGAGCAGCUGCGCAGGAACAGCUGCGCAGGAACAGCUGCGCAGAAACAGCUGCGCAGGAACAGCUGCGCAGAAACAGCUGCGCAGAAACAGCUGCGCAGGAACAGCUGCGCAGGAACAGCUGCGCAGGAGCAGCUGUGCAGGAACAGCUGCGCAGGAACAGCUGCGCAGAAACAGCUGCGCAGAAACAGCUGCGCAGAAACAGCUGCGCAGAAACAGCUGCGCGGGAACAGCUGCGCAGGAACAGCUGCGCAGGAACAGCUGCGCAGGAACAGCUGCGCAGGAACAGCUGCGCAGAAACUGCUGCGCAGAAACUGCUGCGCAGAAACAGCUGCGCAGAAACAGCUGCGCAGGAACAGCUGCGCAGGAACAGCUGCGCAGGAACAGCUGCGCAGGAACAGCUGCGCAGGAACAGCUGCGCAGGAACAGCUGCGCAGGAACAGCUGCGCUGGAACAGCUGCGCAGAAACAGCUGCGCAGAAACAGCUGCGCAGAAACAGCUGCGCAGAAACAGCUGCGCAGAAACAGCUGCGCAGGAACAGCUGCGCAGGAACAGCUGCGCAGGAACAGCUGCGCAGGAACAGCUGCGCAGCAACAGCUGCGCAGGUACAGCUGCGCAGGAACAGCUGCGCAGGAACAGCUGCGCAGGAACAGCUGCGCAGGAACAGCUGCGCAGGAACAGUUGCGCAGGAGCAGCUGCGCAGGAACAGCUGCGCAGGAACAGCUGCGCAGAAACAGCUGCGCAGGAACAGCUGCGCAGAAACAGCUGCGCAGAAACAGCUGCGCAGGAACAGCUGCGCAGGAACAGCUGCGCAGGAACAGCUGCGCAGGAACAGCUGCGCAGAAACAGCUGCGCAGAAACAGCUGCGCAGAAACAGCUGCGCAGGAACAGCUGCGCAGGAACAGCUGCGCAGGAACAGCUGCGCAGGAACAGCUGCGCAGGAACAGCUGCGCAGGAACAGCUGCGCAGAAACAGCUGCGCAGAAACAGCUGCGCAGAAACAGCUGCGCAGGAACAGCUGCGCAGGAACAGCUGCGCAGGAACAGCUGCGCAGGAACAGCUGCGCAGGAACAGCUGCGCAGGAACAGCUGCGCAGGUACAGCUGCGCAGGAACAGUUGCGCAGGAGCAGCUGCGCAGGAACAGCUGCGCAGGAACAGCUGCGCAGAAACAGCUGCGCAGGAACAGCUGCGCAGAAACAGCUGCGCAGAAACAGCUGCGCAGGAACAGCUGCGCAGGAACAGCUGCGCAGGAGCAGCUGUGCAGGAACAGCUGCGCAGGAACAGCUGCGCAGAAACAGCUGCGCAGAAACAGCUGCGCAGAAACAGCUGCGCAGAAACAGCUGCGCGGGAACAGCUGCGCAGGAACAGCUGCGCAGGAACAGCUGCGCAGGAACAGCUGCGCAGGAACAGCUGCGCAGAAACUGCUGCGCAGAAACUGCUGCGCAGAAACAGCUGCGCAGAAACAGCUGCGCAGGAACAGCUGCGCAGGAACAGCUGCGCAGGAACAGCUGCGCAGGAACAGCUGCGCAGGAACAGCUGCGCAGGAACAGCUGCGCAGGAACAGCUGCGCUGGAACAGCUGCGCAGAAACAGCUGCGCAGGAACAGCUGCGCAGAAACAGCUGCGCAGGAACAGCUGCGCAGAAACAACUGCGCAGAAACAACUGCGCAGAAACAGCUGCGCAGAAACAGCUGCGCAGAAACAGCUGCGCAGAAACAGCUUCGCAGAAACAGCUGCGCAGAAACAGCUGCGCAGAAACAGCUGCGCAGGAACAGCUGCGCAGAAACAGCUGCGCAGAAACAGCUGCGCAGAAACAGCUGCGCAGAAACAGCUGCGCAGAAACAGCUGCGCAGAAACAGCUGCGCAGAAACAGCUGCGCAGGAACAGCUGCGCAGAAACAGCUGCGCAGGAGCAGCUGCGCAUGAACAGCUGCGCAGGAACAGCUGCGCAGGAACAGCUGCGCAGGAACAGCUGCGCAGGAACAGGUGCGCAGGAACAGGUGCGCAGGAACAGGUGCGGAGGAACAGGUGCGCAGGAACAGCUGCGCAGGAACAGGUGCGCAGGAGCAGGUGCGCAGGAACAGCUGCGCAGGAACAGCUGCGCAGGAACAGCUGCGCAGGAACAGGUGCGCAGGAACAGCUGCGCAGAAACAGCUGCGCAGAAACAGCUGCGCAGAAACAGCUGCGCAGAAACAGCUGCGCAGAAACAGCUGCGCAGAAACAGCUGCGCAGAAACAGCUGCGCAGAAACAGCUCCGCAGAAACAGCUGCGCAGAGACAGCUGCGCAGAGACAGCUGCGCAGAGACAUCUGCGCAGUUACAGCUGCGCAGAAACAGCUGCGCAGAAACAGCUGCAUAGAAACAGCUGCGCAGAAACAGCUGCGCAGGAACAGCUGCGCAGAAACAGCUGCGCAGAAACAGCUGCGCAGAAACAGCUGCGCAGGAACAGCUGCGCAGGAACAGCUGCGCAGAAACAGCUGCGCAGAAACAGCUGCGCAGAAACAGCUGCGCAGAAACAGCUGCGCAGAAACAGCUGCGCAGGAACAGCUACGCAGAAACAGCUGCGCAGAAACAGCUGCGCAGAAACAGCUGCGCAGAAACAGCUGCGCAGAAACAGCUGCGCAGAAACAGCUGCGCAGAAACAGCUGCGCAGAAACAGCUGCGCAGAAACAGCUGCGCAGAGACAGCUGCGCAGAAACAGCUGCGAAGAAACAGGUUCGCAGAAACAGCUGCGCAGAAACAGCUGCGCAGAAAAAGCUGCGCAGAAACAGCUGCGCAGAAACAGCUGCGCAGAAACAGCUGCGCAGAAACAGCUGCGCAGAAACAGCUGCGCAGAAACAGCUGCGCAGAAACAGCGGCGCAGAAACAGCGGCGCAGAAACACUCUAUAGCCUCCGGUUACAGGAGCGUACCUCCAUGUUCAAUGUUUUUUGGGCAGUUGAACAUGUAA